AUGUUCUCAAGCAAGGAACAAAACAUCUGCAAAAAAAUUUACGUUCAAGUAAAUGACUAUGCAGUAACUAUUUCACCAGAUCAAAGCAAAGGUUCUGUGGAUGAUGUAGCAUUACCAGUGGUACCUGAAUGGAAACAUGACACGGAAACCAAGUCGAAAGGCAAUAGAAAUGUUUCUGAGACAGAUGGUGCCCUUAGUUCAAUGCUAACUAAUUUUUUUUUUCAUGAUGCUCAAAAUGCUCUACUUACAAUGAGAAAAAAUAUCAAGGAAAAAGAGCUUGAAGCUUUGUUAGCUGGGAAGCAUGAUUCUUUUUCUUACUUCAUGGAGGUUCAAGCAGGAGCUGGUGGUACCGAGAGCGUGGACUAG